AUGCGUUCUGAGCAACAGGAAAUUGCACGACAGGAAAAAAAAGUGGAAGAGGAGCAGCCCGUGAAUUCAAAUGAAAGUGAUGAGCAUGACGAGGCAUCGGACCAAGCCAAAACUGAGAGCACCAACUUGACAAAGAGCACCGCAGGUGAUAUUUACUUUUCCAGCGAGGAGUUUGCUUCUUUGCCGCUGUCUGAGCCUACGCGGCGAGCGCUGGCUGACAUGGGCUUUACCAAGAUGACCAAAAUCCAGAGCAAAUCAAUUCGUCCAUUGUUGGCUGGACAGGAUUUACUGGGUGCGGCCAAGACAGGUUCCGGCAAAACGCUGUCGUUUCUAAUCCCAGCAGUCGAGCUGCUUCACAAGGUGCGCUUCACAGCGCGCAAGGGUACUGGUUGCAUUGUCAUCUCCCCAACGCGGGAGCUGGCGCUGCAAAUUUACGGUGUGGUUCGUGAAAUUUGCAAGUACCACUCACAGACGAACGGUAUUGUCAUGGGCGGUGCGAACCGCCGUGCCGAGGCUGAGCGUCUUGCGAAAGGCGUGAACAUUCUUAUCUCUACACCUGGUCGUCUGCUUGACCAUCUCCAAAAUACGAAAGCGUUUAUAUACCAUAACCUGCAGGUGCUUGUAAUCGAUGAGGCUGACCGGAUUUUGUCGAUAGGCUUUGAGGAAGAAUUGCGCCAGAUCAUCAAGUGUAUUCCUAAAGAGCGUCAGACAAUGCUAUUUAGUGCUACACAGACGAAGAAGGUAGAAGAUCUAGCUCGUUUGUCAAUCAAAGAAAAGCCUGUGUACGUCGGAGUCGAAGAGGAAGACACAAAAGCCACAGUCGCUACACUGGAGCAGGGCUACGUUGUGACCCCUAGCGACAAGCGUUUCCUCUUGUUGUUCACGUUCUUGAAAAAAAAUCUGAAGAAGAAGGUGAUGGUUUUCUUCUCGUCAUGUAGUGCUGUGAAGUUCUACGGUGAAUUGCUGAACUACAUCGACAUUUCUGUACUCGACAUUCACGGCAAACAGAAGCAGAACAAGCGGACAACAACAUUUUUUCAGUUUUGUAAUGCAAAGACUGGAAUAUUACUAUGCACGGAUGUUGCUGCACGUGGUCUAGAUAUUCCAGCUGUGGACUGGAUUAUUCAGUUUGAUCCACCUGAUGAUCCUCGCGAGUACAUUCACCGAGUUGGUCGUACUGCUCGAGGUGCUCAGGGUAAGGGUAAGGCCUUGUUAAUGCUUUUACCGGAAGAGCUUGGGUUUUUAAAAUUUUUAAAGGCCUCGAAAGUAGCCCUUAACGAGUACGAGUUUCCGAUUUCAAAGAUCGCAAAUGUCGAAUCUCAACUUUUGAAGCUUGUAGAGAAGACGUAUUACCUUCACAAGUCUGCCAAGGAUGCCUAUCGUGGCUACUUGUUAGCGUACGCCUCGCACGCUUUAAAAGGCAUUUUUGAUGUCGGCCGUCUCGAUUUGCAGGGCACAGCCAGGUCUUUCGGACUACAAGUGCCACCUAAGGUAACACUGCCAGUGAAGACAAAUGGAAAGACUGGCAAGCGCAAGGUCUCAUCUGAUAAGGAUAUCAGCUCUCGAGGUGGUAAGUAUCAGCGCUCCGGUCAUUCAUUUAGUGCCGACAAUCCGUACGGCAAGCGCGCCACUGGUGACAAGCGCCAGUUUUCUCAUUGA